CAUGGCUUCCCACCUCACCUCUGCAUCUCUAGCCACGCUACUCGCGGCCGGCAUGGCCACCGUCCUUUUUGCCUCCGCCGCCCACGGCGUGGGCACGCAGGGUGCCCCCAAACAUCUCCACUUCUACAUGCACGACUCCAGCACUGGCCCCAAACCCACCACCGUUCUGAUCGCCAACGGGACCGGCCAGCCGCUCAAGGGCUCCGGCGGCAGCGCCCGGUUCGGUGACACAAUUGUCAUGGACGACCGCCUCACGGAGGGCCCUACGCCGGCCUCGAGAGUCGUUGGGCGUGCCCAGGGAUUCUACGUGACGGCGUCUCAGGGCGACCCCGCGGUGCUCCUCACCAUGAACGUCCUGCUCGCCGACGGGCCUUACAACGGGAGCUCGCUGGCCGUGAUGGGCCGCAACAACGUCAUGAUGCCGGAGCGGGAGCUGGCGGGGGGUGGGGGGACCGGGGUUUUCAGGAUGGCGACGGGGUACGUGCUCUGGAAAACCGCGAGCUGGCGUGGGGGGAGCGCCGUCCUCGAGCUGGAUGCCUUCGUCUACGUGAGUCCGGCGGCCGCCGGUGCAUGAAAUGGCACAUGGUUUGCGGGGUUGCAGCCUCUUUUUUCAGUGUGUUGAGAAUAACAUGCUCGUUGCAUUGCUUGUAGUUACCAUCGAUAUGUGUGUUGUUUCCGGUUUGUGUCCUACUAUUUUUUUCUCGAAAAGGAGGAUAAAACCCCCGGGGCUGUUUGUGUCCUACUGUACUUCACUGUGUUGAAAUGAAUCUUGUCACUUUAA